AUGGUUUCUGCCCUACUCAAGAGCCUCCCAUCUUACAUUUUAAAGAUUUGCAAAGGAAUGUUUACAAAGAAAUUGGUGAAUCCCACAAAGAAGAGAGAGAGCAGUGAAAAUAAAAAAGAGCUAAAAUUGACACCUGAUGCACAAGCACGCAAUCCAAAUUUGUCCACAGCACUGAAAAGCACAGUCAAAAAAAUCUCUAAAUGUUCAUCUGCACGCAAUAUAUCCCUUGAAGAAGACGACGGCAAGGACUGCUCAUCCCUUUCACCAACAUUUAGUUACCGGGUAGCGAUAGCUAACGGACUGCAAAAAAAUCCUCUUUUAGGUAAGAAAAAUGAAGGUCUCUUUCAAGAGGUGUUGUCUUUUGAUAGUAUCAAUGCUGAUUCCCUGAGUGAGGUGAAACUCCACCGCAGAUUCGAUGAACACAAAGCUCUUACCAUGCCAGUGAGAAGGAACCGGAAGAGCCUGAUCAGCCUGGCACCUUCUGACGGAAGCUCGGAGGGCGAUCGGGUGGAACGCAACAGUUUACAGACUCUCCGACUGGGUGCCUUGCGGAAGCUGAGGAAGUGGAAGAAAAGUCAGGAAUGCGUCUCCUCGGAUUCAGACGCGAGCACCUGGAGGAAGACCCUUGGCCUCCGGAGCAAGUCUCUGGACAGGGCAGGAAGGCAGCAGAAAGUCACCUCACUGGAGCCUGGCUCCAGCUCUACGGGCUGCAUCAGCCAGACCCAGGAUGUCAUGGAGAUGAUCUUCAAAGAGCUACAGGGUAUCAGCCAGAUCGAGACGGAGCUCUCCGAGCUGCGGGGCCACGUCAACGCCCUCAAGAACUCCAUCGACGAGAUCUCCAGCAGUGUGGAGGUGGUGCAGAGCGAGAUCGAGCAGCUCCGCUCUGGCUUUGUGCAGUCCCGGCGCGAGACGCGGGACAUACACGACUACAUCAAGCAGCUCAGCAGCCAGAGCAGCAGCACCACCCUGAGGUUCAUAAACGUGCCGGAAGAGAAGCUGGAGAAAACCGAGACUCUCAUCUACCAGAUUCUGAAAGAGAAGAUGGGUUUCACCGAAGCACACAAGACGGUUAGAAUUGAACUUGCUCAUCGGCUGGGGCACCAACGGGAAUGUCCCAAUGCUAAGCCACGUCCCAUAAUUGUCAUCUUUUCGACCCCGCAAGACAGGGAUUUCGUUUUGAAAAAGUGCUACAAACUUAAAGGCACUGGAAUAUCAAUCUCCACCGAUAGCCUCCCUCAUGAGACAAAGGAAAGGAAAGAGAAAGCAAUGACCACUUCACAAACUUAUGAAAGCAUGGACAUUAAAGUCUCCACAAAAGACAAACCGGAAGUCGAUGAUUGGGACAACAUGUCUAUGGAGAGUGACAAAGAGUUAGAGGACCUUAACAGGAACAGAUACGCAGUUGUGACUAAGACGCCACACAAAAGUAAAUCGGACAAAAAAAAAUCCCACGAUACCGCAGUCGGCAAUGCAUUUCAAAGCUCGGUGCAUUAUGCUGAUGACACCUAUCAAACAGUUGUGUAUGAAGAUAACGACAAGCAGGCAAAGUCAUACUACUCAGACUUAACCCCCGUGUGGCUCUCUCAGAGUGAUUACUCAACGCCCAAGCUCAGCCGCUCAGAGUCGGACUGCUCCAAACUGUGCCAGUCUUACUCAGAGGACUUCUCAGAGAGUCAAUAUUUCAGUAGAGCCAAUGGCUGCUCCCUGCUGUCAUCUUCAGAUCAGGAGCUCUGGCAGAGGAAGCAGGAGGACAUGGCAUCCUCUUGGUAUGCAAGUCCACCCAGUCAAACCCUCAGCCAGGAAAACCCUCCUUAUGUUGAACCUAAUGAAGCGGAGACAACAGAAACCAUCGACAGCGGUGUGAGCAAUGGCCUUGUCUGCAUAUCCGGUGACAGGAGCCACUACAGCAGCUCCCAGCUCUCCUUGCAGGGUGAUGUUUCACCUUGGAAGGACUGGCACCAUUUAGAACAAGGCGCCGACUCGGGCCUUGAUGCUUCAACUGAACAGAACUACGUUUCAGAGGUCAGCAGUCCGUUUGACCCCUCAGUUCAUGCAGGUUUCCCUGAAAACAUUAUAAAAUGCCAAGAGGUGGACUUACAAUUUGAGGGGGAGAAUUACAUGACCCUUGACAACUUACCUUCCACAUGCCCUGGGGCAGAGAGUGAACCUGUGAGCCAAUCAGAUGCUCACAGUGACCCUUACCCAGAGGCGAAUGUGAAUGAAGUAUACGAACAUCAGGGCAAGACCACAACCAUGUACCGCAGUCAGAGCGAAAUCAGAUGUGAAAAGGUGGAGGAUCCACCCAAGUCCUGGCAUAGUAGGCUCAGUAUAGACCUCUCUGACAAAACAUUCAGCUUCCCAACGUUUGGAUCUACUCUGCAACGGGCUAAAUCUGCCCUGGAGGUUGUCUGGAACAAAAGCUCGCAGAGUGUGAACGCUGUGGAAGAGCCCACCGGCUCGACCUUCAUGGGCCGCUUCAGGACGCUCUCUCAGUCCACCGCCAACGACUCCAGCACCACGAUCGAUUCCGACGUGUACACCGAGCCGUUCUACUACAAAGCCGAGGAGGAGGAGAGCAGCGAACCGACAGUUGACAACGAGACACAUUACGUGGAGGUUAUGGAGCAAGUGCUAGCCAACCUGGAGAACAGGACAAACGCCAAUGAGUCCGAGGAGCAGUAUCAAGACUACGAAGUCUCUCAGGAAGGCAAUAUUGUGCUGGAAUAUGACUGCAGUUGUGAUGAGCAAUAUGAUGUAGAAUACAAUAACCUGGUAACCGAAGACAACCUGGAGGUCGUUGAGGAGACGGUUCAGCAGGAGGACGAGAGGAGGGGCGAAGACGAGAACCAAAACCUUCCGGAGGAACCGCCAAUCGAGACUCCGCCCAAAAAGAAAAUGAGACCAACCUUCAAAGAAGCUGCACUGAGGGCAUACAGGAAGCAAAUGGCCGAGCUGGAGGAACAGAUCCUCGCUGGAGAUAGCAGUGCUUUGGACACGCAGGCUCGGCUGGCAAGUGGCAAUGUCCUGGACCCGUCAAAACUUCUGGGGCUUCAGGGCGCCGGAGGGCCUGGCAGCAUACUUUAUGGUAUUGACAGUAUGCCGGAUUUACGACGCAAGAGGACCAUGCCUAUUGUCCGAGACCUAGCUUUGACAUUGGCUGCUCGAAAGGCAGGCAUUUCGUUUGCCCUUGUGACAAGAUCUACCAUAAACAACCAAGACCUGAAAAUACACGUCUUAAGGAAGACCCUGCAGGCCUUAAUCUACCCCAUUUCCUCCACCACGCCUCACAACUUCGAGGUGUGGACGGCGACGACUCCCACCUACUGCUACGAGUGCGAGGGGCUGCUCUGGGGCAUCGCCCGGCAGGGCAUGCGCUGCACCGAGUGCGGGGUCAAAUGUCACGAGAAGUGCCAGGACCUGCUCAACGCCGACUGCCUGCAGAGAGCCGUGGAGAAGAGCUCCAAGCACGGUGCCGAGGACAAAACGCAGAACAUCAUCAUGGCCAUGAAGGAGAGGAUGAAGAUCAGGGAGAAGAACCGGCCCGAGGUGUUCGAGGUCAUCCAGGAGAUGUUCGGAGUCUCCAAGGAGGAUUUCGUGACCCACCUGAAGACAGCCAAACAGGCGGUGCUUGAGGGCACAUCGAAGUGGUCUGCCAAAAUCACCAUUACAGUUCUGUGUGCUCAGGGCUUACAGGCCAAGGACAAGACAGGGUCCAGCGACCCAUACGUCACCGUGCAGGUGGGCAAGACCAAGCGUCGGACCAAGACCAUCUUCGGGAACCUCAACCCCGUGUGGGACGAGAAGUUCUUUUUCGAGUGCCACAAUGCCACGGACCGGAUUAAGGUGAGAGUGUGGGAUGAGGACGACGACAUCAAGUCGCGGGUGAAGCAGCAUUUCAAAAAAGAGUCUGACGACUUCCUCGGGCAAACCAUCAUCGAAGUGAGGACGCUCAGCGGCGAAAUGGACGUCUGGUACAACCUUGAAAAACGGACGGAUAAAUCGGUGGUGUCCGGCGCGAUCCGGCUGAAGAUCAGCGUGGAGAUGAAAGGAGAGGAGAAGGCAGCCCCGCCCCACGGACAGUAUACCUGCUUACACGAGAACCUGUUCCAUCACCUGACGGAGGUGAAGAACAACGGGGUGGUGAAGAUACCUGAGGUGAAGGGGGAUGAGGCCUGGAAGGUCUACUUCGACGACGUCUCCCAGGAGAUCGUGGACGAGUUCGCCAUGCGAUACGGGGUGGAGGCCAUUUACCAAGCAAUGACCCAUUUCUCCUGCCUCUCCUCUAAGUACAUGUGUCCUGGCGUGCCGGCUGUGAUGAGCAAUCUGCUGGCCAACAUCAACGCCUACUUUGCUCACACCACCACGGCCACCACCAACAUCUCUGCCUCCGACCGCUUCGCCGCCUCCAACUUCGGGAGGGAAAAAUUCGUCAAACUCUUAGACCAGCUGCACAAUUCAUUGAGGAUUGAUCUGUCUAAAUAUCGGGAUAAUUUCCCUGCCAGCAACCCAGAAAGGCUCCAAGACCUCAAAUCCACAGUGGAUCUGCUAACCAGCAUCACCUUCUUCAGAAUGAAGGUGCAGGAGCUGCAGAGCCCGCCCAGGGCCAGCAUGGUUGUGAAGGACUGUGUGCGAGCUUGCCUGGAUUCCACCUACAAGUACAUUUUUGACAACUGCCAUGACCUUUACAACCAGCUUCUGGAUCAGACUAAGAAACAGGAUGUGCCACGUGAGGAGCAGGGCCCGUCAAUCAAGAACCUGGACUUCUGGCCCAAAGUCAUCACACUGAUGGUGUCUGUAAUCGAUGAGGACAGGACAGCGUACACACCAGUGAUCAAUCAGUUUCCUCAAGAGCUGAACAUGGGUAAAAUCAGUGCAGAGAUUACGUGGAACUGCUUCGCCAUGGACAUGAAAUAUGCUAUGGAAGAACAUGAAAAACACAAACACUGCAAGAGCACGGAGUACAUGAACCUGCACUUCAAAGUGAAAUGGUUUCAUAACGAGUAUGUUCGAGAUCUGCCUGCCUUCAAGGACUGCGUUCCGGAAUAUUCUUUGUGGUUCGAGCCCUUCGUGAUUCAGUGGCUGGAUGAAAAUGAAGAUGUCUCCAUGGAGUUUCUGCACGGAGCCCUGGAAAGAGACAAAAAGGAUGGGUUCCAGCCCACGUCCGAGCACGCUCUAUUCUCCUGCUCUGUGGUUGACGUCUUCACACAACUCAACCAGAGCUUUGAGAUCAUCAAGAAAUUGGAGUGCCCCAACCCACAGGCACUGGCCCACUUCAUGUGCCGCUUUGCCAAGACCAUCAACAAAGUCCUUCUUCAGUACGCUGCCAUCGUAUCGAAAGACUUCAGCACCCAUCUUAGCAAGGAGAAAGUGCCCUGUAUCCUGCUGAACAAUAUCCAACAGCUACGCGUCCAGCUAGAGAAGAUGUUUGAGUCUAUGGGUGGGAAGCAGCUGGAUGCCGAGGCCAGUGACCUGCUGAAGGAACUGCAGAACAAGCUGAACGCGGUCCUAGAUGAGCUGAGCGGUGUGUUCGGGUCCAGCUUCAAGGCGGUAAUUGAAGACUGCGUGAAGCAGAUGAACCAGGAGCUGGUGCAGAUGAAGGGGAACGGAGGGGCGAACAAGAGCAACGCAGCCAUGGAUGCCGAGGUGGUGCUGAGACCCCUGAUGGACCUGCUGGAUAAGAAUUUAAUUUUAUUUGCUAAGAUCUGCGAGAAGACUGUUCUGAAGAGGGUUCUGAAAGAACUGUGGAAGAUUGUGCUGAACACCAUCGAGAGACAGAUCGUGCUGCCUCCCCUAACAGAUCAGAGUGGAGCGCAGAUGAUAUUCAGUGCUGCCAAGGACCUGGGACAGCUGUCCAAACUGAAGGAGCAUGUGAUCCGAGAGGAAGCUCGAAGCCUGUCUCCCCGGCAGUGCGCAGCCAUGGAUCUGGUCCUACCCACCAUCAAGCAAUAUUUCCACGCUGGAGGAAACGGCCUGAAGAAGAACUACUUGGAGAAAAGUCCAGAGCUCAAGUCAUUGAAGUAUGCUCUUAGCCUUUACACACAAACUACAGAUGCCUUGAUCAAGAAGUAUGUAAGCACCCAGCCCUCCCAAGUGCAGACAUCCAGUGGAUCGGUGGGUGAGGUGUCCAUUCAUUUGGACCUCAUCUCCCAUCCUGGCACCGGGGAGCACAAAGUCAACGUGAAGGUUGUUGCAGUGAACAAUCUCAUCUGGCAGACCAAUGCCAUGUUCCGGCCCUUUGUGGAGGUCAACGCCGUGGGGCCCCAGCUUGCCGAUAAGAAGAGGAAAUUCGGCACCAAGACCAAGAACAACAACUGGUCUCCGAAGUACAAUGAAAUGUUCCAGUUCGUCCUGAGCAACGAGCACGAGCCCGAGGCGUACGAGCUCCACAUCUCGGUGAAGGACUACUGCUUCGCCCGGGAGGAUCGCGUGGUCGGCACGACCGUCAUCCAGCUGCGGGAGCUGGCCGAGAAGGGCAGUUCCUCAGCCUGGCACCCGCUGGUCAGGAGCAUCUCCAUGGACGACACCGGCCUGACCAUCAUAAGGAUCCUCUCCCAGAGGACCACCGACGAGGUGGCCAAAGAGUUCGUACGGCUCAAGUCCGAAACGCGAUCCGCGGAGGAAGUGUCGUAAAAGCGCACCGGGACACGCCCCCAAGGACCGCCCGCGUGCGGACCGCCCGUGUGCGGACCGCGGAGAGCAGUUUGUGUGUCGUUCGUUUCGUGCAUGUGUGUAAAACAUCUGUCGGAAUGUUUCAUUUUAAAGUACAGUACGUACAGGUGUUUACCGAUACUUGCUAUGAAGUACUAUAUUCUCCGAGUUAUGGUUAAUGAGAUAUUAAAUACAUUUUUGUACUAAAUUUAGUCUUUUUGAACUGAAAUUUGUUCAGAUGAAGUGCCAAACCAGAAGAAAAAAAAAUACAACAAAACAAAAAAGUAUGAAUAAUCCAUGGUGAAUUAGGUACCAUUAUUUUGUCCAGUGUUAUUCAUUCUUCCUUCAAAGGUUUAGCAUUUGAAUUGUUACAUAUUUUCAUCUGCAGUGAUCUUUUGAUACAGUGCUCUCCACAACACAUGUUGUGCAUGUCCUGUUCUCAUCCCCGUCUUCUCAUUAUCUGACAACGAACGUUGGCUUGGGUCUUAUGUCUCAACUCUAUACAUUUUGCAACCUGAAAAUAGUUUUAAAAUAAUAGUCUAAAUAUUUUUUUUAGAAAAAAAAAGGCAAUGACUGCUAUGUAAACCUUCAUAAGUCUUUGUAAUUUUAUAACAAUGAGGACAGCCUCCCUCACAAUCAGUAAAUGGAAAGGGUGGAAACAUUGGUUUUCUUUUUACAUUUUAUGAUUAUUAUUAUUAUUAUUAUUAUUAUUAUUAUUAUCAAUUUAUUUAUUUUACAUUGGCUUCCUGCCUUUCUGAAUUAUCACUGUGAACAUGAGCUUUUGAAGGCGAGCUUACAUAACACUGCUGUCAGUUUGAUAUUGUUUCAUAUGAAAAAAAAACUGUUCCUGAGAAACUGCCAAAGUUAUAUAAAAAUGUUUGUACAAAAGAGCAAUCCAUUACCUGUAUGAAAUAUACAUACCUAUGUACAUGUGCGAUAUGACUUAUUCAGUGCUACAUAUGAUUGUUGAUGGGGUGAUUCUGAUAUUUUCUUUUUUCUUUUUGUGAAGCUGUUAACCAGUUUUAAAUUUGCAAAUGUUGCUUCUACAUUAGUUGUAUAAGCGUCAACCAGGUCAUGUUUAUUUUUAUUUGAAGGAGUAUAGCAUUUGGUAAUUAUGCAACAUUCCUGAGUAUUGCACUGAUGGCGAAUUGUUUGUCAUGUAAAUAUAUUUAGUGAGAAAUUCAAA